AUGUCUUCAAGAUUUGGCGCCGCGCGUCCGAAGCGCGCGGGAGAGAACUACGCAAGACAAAACCACAAUGCCGAGCCAGAUUCCAAGAAAGUCAAGUUCGACGUGCGGAAUCCCUCCGCGCUCGCCGCCGACGUCGACGAUGAAGACGAGGGCGCGGACGCCUACCUGGAGGCCGACGCCGAGGUCAUCCGCGGCAGUGCCGCGACCAAGCGCGGGGCCGUGAACAUCGACGGCUACGACUCCGACUCGGAUCGCGAAGAGCUGGGUACGCUACACGCGUCCAAGUCGAAAGCAACAAAAGACAAGAAAGAUGACGAUGAGGAUGUGGACGACAUGUUUGCGGCCGAAGCUGAGGAUGGCGACCCGAAGGACGACGCCGUCGACAACACCACGGGCAAGAAGAGCAAGGAGGUCAGGUUCCUGGAUGCCGCAGAGAUCGAAGGUCAGGACACGAGAUCGAGAUCCGGUGGACACGUGCACACGGACGACCCGCCCUCGAGCGAAGACGACGAGGAAGAAGUCGCGCUGGCCAUCCAGGAGGAAGACAUCGACGAGGAGGUUGGGGCUGGUGGUCUCAAAAAGCAUGCGCCCAAGGUGGAAGCAUUCAACCUCAAGGCCGAGCAGGAGGAGGGCCGCUUCGACGAGUCGGGCAACUUCGUGCGCAAAGCGGUAGACCCGGACGCCGUGCACGACCGCUGGCUCGAAGGCGUCAGCAAGAAGGAGAUGAAGAAGGCCGCCGAGGCGCACGAGAAGCGCGAGGCCGAGCAGCGGGAGAAGCGCAGAGAGGAAGACAAUGCCUUGACAUCGGACCUACUCAAAUCCCUGAUUCUGAAGCUGGAGCGUGGUGAGACGGCUCUGGAAGCUCUCGCGAGGCUGGGAAGGGGCCAGACGAAAGCGAAGAAGGUUCCGAAGUGGAAGCAAAAGAAGCAGAAGCCCGACGUCAUGGAACUCGACGCGGAAAAGGCGGCCGAAGACCCGGAACAAGUCCGCAUCAAGGAGGCUAUCGACGCCAUUACGGAUGCCGCCGACAAGCUACUAGGCAGAGACCGGCCUGAUAUCUAUGACAGGGAGCGUGAGCUCUUGAUACGAGAAUAUGCACGUGAAGCAGACGAAGAGUGGGUUGAGCCGCAACAGAAGCCAGAGGCAGCUGAUGCGAAGACGAGGAUGUGGGAAUAUCGGUGGACAGACGGUCGGGAUGAUGCUGACAAGCAAGGCCCGUUCGAUGAGCCUACAAUGAACGCCUGGCAAGAUGCUGGCUAUUUCGGAGCGGGCAUUGAAUUCCGCGAGGUUGGCAGCGAUAGCUGGACUCGAGCAGCCAGCUUUGUAUGA